AUGGUGCACCCAGAUUUUUGGAAUGAUCAAGAGGCAGCGCAGGCGACCGUGGUAGAGGCAAAUCAUGCGAAGGGUAAGCUCAAUCCUUUUCUAAAAUUGGAAGAGCGGUAUGAGAAUCUGGGGGCGGCUAUAGAAUUAGCUCGGGAAUUCGAUGAUCUGGAUUCAGCGAAAGAGGCGGCCAGUGAGUUUGGAGCCUUAUUGAAAGAUCUCGAUUCUUUUGAGUUGAUCACUCUCCUUGAUGGCCAAUCUGAUCCGAACAAUGCCUACGUGACGAUUCAGGCAGGUGCUGGUGGCACGGAGGCUUGUGACUGGGCGGAUAUGCUUUUACGUAUGUAUUCGAGGUGGGCCGAGAAGAAUGGCUUUAAGUGCACGACGACGGACUACACCGAAGGUGAUGGAGCUGGAAUUUCCUCUGCGUCACUGAAAAUUGAGGGACCGUAUACCUAUGGAUACCUGAAGGGCGAGCGGGGGGUGCAUCGCUUAGUGAGGAUCUCACCCUUCGACUCGGCGGGAAAAAGACACACCUCAUUUUCCGCCAUUGAUGUCACUCCAGAAAUCUCGAACGAUAUUAAAAUCGAAGUGCCCGAUUCUGAUGUUGAGAUUCAGACAGCGCGUUCGGGCGGUGCCGGUGGCCAGAACGUGAAUAAGGUGGAGACGGCGGUGAUCCUAAAACACAAGCCGACAGGGAUUAUGAUUCGCUCGACUCAGGAACGCUCGCAACUCCGUAACCGUGAGUUGGCUUGGGAAUUGCUAAAGGCGAAACUUUACCGAAUUGAAGAGGAUAAGCAAAAGGCCGACGCGGAUCGUACGUAUUCGGAGAAAGGCGAAAUCGGUUGGGGAAAUCAGAUUCGAUCAUACGUUUUCCAGCCGUAUCAAAUGGUCAAAGACCUACGUACGGGAGAAGAGACUGGUAAUAUUCAGUCGGUAAUGGAUGGCGCGUUGGGUCCGUUUAUUGAAGCGAUGUUACGAGGGAAGAAAAAGGGAGAAGAGGAGUAG